AUGAAGGCCAUCUUUCUUGCUACAGUAUUUUUAGCGAGUGCUGUUAUCGCUGCAGGAGUUACCGGCACAGCCUUUGGUAUGGCAACGGGCACUACUGGAGGAGGCGACGCAACUCCAGCCGCUCCCUCGGACCUCGCACUGCUCGAAACGUGGCUAUCCGAUGAUACGGCUCGGGUCAUUCUGAUCGACAAAACCUUCGACUUUACUUCAAGCCUGGGUACCACUACUUCAGCCGGCUGCUACCAAGUUUGCGACGUCUACAAUGGCGGUCAGGACUACAUCGGCACACUGUCGUGCUCCGGUAGCACAAUGACCGCAGUUUCCUCAAUUACAUACAAUGCGGCAGGCGCCAGCCCACUUCUUGUGAACAGCAAUAAGUCCAUCGUUGGUGUCGGCAGCGCAGGGAUCAUCCAGGGUCGGGGCCUACGCAUUUACAGCGCCUCCAAUUUCAUCAUCCAGAACGUCCACGUCUACAAUAUCAACCCACAGUACGUAUGGGGCGGCGAUGCGAUCACCAUCCAAGACGCGGAUAUGGUCUGGAUUGACCAUUGCAAAUUCAGCCUAAUUGGUCGUCAGAUGAUCGUAUCUGGCUAUGCUCCUGCAGGACACGUCACUAUCUCCAACUGCGAGUUUGAUGGUCGAACUUACUGGUCCGCAACCUGCAAUAGCCAACAUUACUGGACGCUGUUGCUCAUCGGAUCGAAGGAUUUCUAUACGUUCUCAGGUAACUACCUACAUCAUCUAUCAGGCCGUGCCCCACACUACGGCAUCAGUACCAGCGGCGCCACGAAUAUAUUCCAUGCGGUCAAUAAUUACUUCGAAAACAUGAGUGGACAUGCCUUUGAUAUUGAGGCGAAUACCUGGUCACUUAUCGAGGGCAAUGUCUUCAGUAAUGUGACCACGCCCAUGACCGCCCCUUCAACCACAAAGUCGAACGCCAUCUUCGACGUACCCUCAGGUACCGAGUCAGCCUGUACCUCGAUCCUCGGACGUGCGUGCGUGGCUAAUUCACUUUUGAGUGGCUCGGGGGCUCUGACUGGUGUGGAGAACACAGAGGCGCUGACGCAGUUGGCGGCGGUUGGCGCUAGUCGCAUCGUCGCUGUCACGGCGGUGUCUGGCGUUGCUGCAUCUGUGAAGGCCAGUGCCGGAAUUGGGAAAUUGUAA